AUGCAAGUGCCGGUUCUCGGCUGCACUUUCCUCACGCUGUCAGAUCGUGAGUAAAGUACUGCCGAGAACCGGCAGUUGUCAGAGCGGGGAUCGGCACCGAUCAUCAGGGCACUGAUGAUCAGUGCCCUGAUGAUUGGUGCCCAGCAGUGACACCCGCAAGUUCCGCUCACCUGUGCCCAGCAUGCCCCCACCUGUGCCCAGCAGUGCACCCACCUGUGCCACUCUGCAGUGCCACCUACCUGUGCCCAGAAGUGCCACCCACCUGUGCCCAGCAGUGCCACCCACCUGUGCCCGCCCACCAGUGCCCCCACCAGUGCACCCACCAGUGCCACCCACCAGU